AUGUCCAGUGGGGGAAGGUUUAAUUUUGACGAUGGAGGCUCCUACUGUGGAGGCUGGGAGGACGGAAAGGCUCACGGCCAUGGAAUCUGUACCGGCCCGAAGGGUCAAGGCGAGUAUACAGGCUCCUGGAGUCACGGCUUUGAGGUGCUGGGGGUCUACACCUGGCCCAGUGGCAACACUUACCAGGGCACCUGGGCACAGGGCAAGCGCCAUGGCAUCGGUUUGGAGAGCAAGGGGAAGUGGGUGUACAAAGGAGAGUGGACUCAUGGAUUUAAGGGACGGUACGGGGUCCGCGAAUGCAGUGGCAAUGGGGCCAAAUACGAAGGCACCUGGAGCAAUGGAUUACAGGACGGCUACGGGACAGAGACCUACUCAGAUGGAGGGACGUACCAGGGCCAGUGGGCUGGUGGCAUGCGCCAAGGCUAUGGCAUCCGGCAGAGUGUCCCCUACGGCAUGGCUGCGGUUAUCAGGUCGCCCCUGAGGACAUCCAUUAACUCGCUGCGCAGUGAGCACACCAACGGCACGGCGCUGCACCCCGACUCCUCGCCUGCCGUGGCCGGCAGCCCUGCUGUCUCCAGGGGCGGCUUCGUCCUCAUGGCCCACAGCGAUGCCGAGAUCCUCAAGAGCAAGAAGAAGGGGAUCUUCCGGCGGUCCCUGCUGAGCGGGCUCAAGCUGCGCAAGUCUGAGUCCAAGAGCUCCCUCGCCAGCCAGCGCAGCAAACAGAGCUCCUUCCGGAGCGAGGCGGGCAUGAGCACCGUCAGCUCCACCGCCAGCGACAUCAACUCCACCAUCAGCUUGGGCGAGGGCGAGGCCGAGCUGUCCGUCAUUGAGGACGACAUUGAUGCCACCACCACCGAGAUCUACGUGGGCGAGUGGAAGAACGACAAGCGCUCGGGCUUCGGGGUCAGCCAGCGCUCGGAUGGGCUGAAGUACGAGGGGGAGUGGGCCAACAACAAGCGCCACGGCUACGGCUCCAUGACCUUCCCGGACGGCACCAAGGAGGAGGGGAAGUACAAACAGAACGUCCUGGUGAGCGGCAAGCGGAAGAACCUCAUCCCGCUGAGGGCCAGCAAGAUCCGCGAGAAGGUGGAUCGGGCCACCGAGGCGGCAGAGAGGGCGGCCACCAUCGCCAAGCAGAAAGCGGAGAUUGCGGCUUCCAGGACUUCCCACUCGAGGGCUAAAGCAGACGCGGCUGUGACAGCAGCGCAGAAAGCUCAGGAGGAAGCUCGGAUUGCCAGGAUCACUGCCAAAGAGUUUUCGCCUUCCUUCCAACACAGGGAAAACGGGCUCGAGUGCCAGAGGCCAAAGCGUCAGAACUCAAGCGACGACAUUGAGGUCCUCUCCACAGGAACCCCGCUCCAGCAAGAAAGCCCAGAGCUGUACAGGAAAGGCACCACCCCUUCUGACCUCACUCCUGACGACAGCCCCCUGCAAAGCUUCCCCGCCAGCCCCUCCUCUACCCCGCCGCUGGGCCCCACCUGCAGGACCAAGAGCGCCCAUUUCUCCAGACAGGUCUCGGUGGACGAAGAACGGGGUGGGGAGAUCCAGAUGUUGCUGGAGGGACGAGGCGGAGACUACUUGAGACCCAACAGCUGGAACGAAGACAAAGCAGGCGGGACACGUAGCGUUAGAAGUGGGACCCUGCGCAGCAGUCAUUUGGGGUCUGCCUCCAUCCCUGAAGAUUACAGAGGCCGGAGUGGAGGGCACAAACAUAUGGCCUCCAACCACAAGCAAAGAGAGAGGUGGACAGAUUCCCCAGCCACAGUUUCUUGGACUUCCCACCACCGGUCCCACAACCACAGCUCAGGGAGUGCCAAGUUGCUUGAGCUGGAUGAGGAGAAGUUGAGCAAUUACGAGAUGGAAAUGAAACCCCUCAUGAGGAUGGAUUCUUAUAUGCAAGAGAUUCACACCCAAAAAAGACACUAUAGUAAAACAGGCCCCUGCAGGAGCCUGGCUGAGGACCACCGUGGGGAAGACCGGGGCUUUGGGGUUCAGAGACUGAGGUCUAAGUCCCAGAACAAAGAGAAUUUCAGGCCAGCUUCCUCUGCUGAGCCCACAGUGCAGAAACUGGAAAAUCUGAGGUUCGGGGACAAAGCAGAACCCCGGCUAUUAAGGUGGGACUUAACCUUCUCCCCGCCACAGAAAUCCUUACCUGUUGCACUAGAAGCCGAAGAGGAAAAUGGGGAUGAGCUCAAAUCCAGUACGGGCUCGGCUCCCAUUCUGGUAGUCAUGGUGAUCUUACUGAACAUUGGCGUCGCCAUUUUGUUUAUUAACUUUUUCAUCUAACUCAAGACUGUCUUGUUUGCAAAAAUAAGAGUUACGUGUA